CUGGGGCUCUGACGAUGGCAGCGAUCUGGUGACUGCGCUCGCCGUGCUGGGACGGGACGCGGUAAGCCGGUUGGACGGGCCGUGUGGAGCCGGUGAAUAGUCAUCCAGGUGGCUCUCCACACCCGCCAACUGCAGUUCUAACAAAGGAGAACACCGAAACCGUCUCCCUCCCCAGCCGGUCCUGUGGCUUAUUCUUCUCGCGGGAACGGGAAGCCGGCUUAUCCCCUCACAAUGAGCUCCCCACCGUGGCUGCCGUUGGUCGCUGUCUGCUUGCUGCAGAUUGCUAGCUUGGCCUUGGCCAUCCAGGAGGAUGACGGGACCCACCGUAACCGAGAGCCCCCGCUGCCACAGAGACCCGAGCCGCCUGUGCGCGUCGAGAAGCUGCUCACGCCUCCUUCUGCCGUACAUACCGGCAACGAAGAGUUCUCAUCCGGUAACCUGGGAUUCAUUCAUGCGUUUGUGGCUGCCAUUUCUGUUAUCAUUGUGUCGGAGCUGGGAGAUAAGACGUUCUUCAUUGCUGCAAUCAUGGCCAUGCGCUAUAAUCGCCUGACGGUGCUGGCUGGGGCGAUGCUUGCUUUGGGUCUGAUGACCUGUUUAUCAGUUUUGUUUGGAUAUGCCACCACAGUCAUUCCCAGAAUCUACACGUAUUACGUGUCAACCGCACUCUUUGCAAUAUUCGGUAUUCGAAUGUUAAGAGAGGGCUUAAAAAUGAGUCCGGAUGAAGGUCAAGAAGAACUUGAGGAAGUUCAAGCAGAAAUCAAAAGAAAAGAUGAAGAACUCCAGCGAUCUAAGCUACUAAAUGGACCGUCGGAUUUGGAAAGUGGCGGAGGGCCUACCGUACCCAAGAAGAGGUGGAUGCAGUUUAUUUCUCCGAUAUUUGUGCAAGCAUUCACCUUAACGUUCCUGGCAGAAUGGGGAGACCGCUCUCAGCUCACAACUAUUGUUUUGGCAGCCAGAGAGGACCCCUUUGGCGUUGCCGUGGGGGGCACCAUCGGACAUUGCCUUUGCACCGGUUUAGCAGUCAUUGGAGGAAGAAUGAUAGCGCAGAAAAUCUCAGUUCGAACCGUGACAAUCAUUGGCGGCAUUGUUUUCCUGGCUUUUGCUUUCUCAGCGUUAUUUAUAAGUCCAGAUUCCGGUUUUUAACAUUUUUGUUCCCCUUUCUAAGUCCUGGCUGGAUAUACCCUUUUUUUUCUUUUUGUACUGUACGAUGUAUAUAAUGUAUAAAUUGUAGGUUACAAUGAAA